AUGGACCAUCUCCCAGGGCCGGGGGUUCCUUGCUCACGCCACGCCGCUGUAGGACCCUCGGUGUGCCGGGAACAAGCCGUGUCUGCCAGCGGGUCACUGGAGCUGCUGCCGGAGAAGCCCCCGCCGGGGUGGAUAAAACUCGAAUGGAAAUUGAUGCUGGAGGGAGAACAGAGUCAACUGAUCCUGACGGCUGACAAGAGCGAUGUCACCCUGCCCAGCAAGAGUCCGUAUUCUGGGAGAGCUGAGUUCCAGCGGGAUUCCCUCUCCCUGCAGCUCAGCCGGGUUAGCGUGGCAGACAGUGGGGUCUAUCGGGUCGAAUUUGAGAACACAUCAGGCAAUGUUAACUGCCAAUGCUUCCACGUGUCGGUGUGGGAGCCCGUCCAGCAGCCGCACCUGGAGCCCCGCAUCCUGUCCUGGGAGCAGAGCUGGUGCAACAUCUCACUGCUCUGCACCGUUCCCAGCCCCGGCAACUUCUCCUACCACUGGUCCUGCACUGGGGAUGCCCUGGGAGAGCUGGAGCAGCAGCCCCGGCUGCACCUGCAGGUCUGCAGGGACUCCAACCCCACCGUCUGCCACUGCAAUGUGAGCAACCCGCUGAGCUGGAGCACGGCCAGCAUCGAUGUCACGGCAGCCUGCAGCGCUGUGUCCCUCAACACCUUUCCAUGGUGGGCGGUGGCCUUGUCCCUGGGGCUGACACUGGCCAUCUCCGUAGCCCUCGCUGUCAUCUGCUACUGGAUGAAGAGGCAAAGAAAGGAUCCCUCGCGAGCACAGGACGAGCAGACGCUGACCAUCUACGAGGAGGUGGGCAAAGCCCGAACCGGCCAAGACCCCCGUGGCACCGGUGAGGUCACCACGGGAGGAAACACCGUCUACGCCGUCAUCGGCAACAAAACACAGCAGAGACCCAGCUGCCCUCAGGACCCUGCAAGCUGCACCAUCUACUCCGUGGUUGAGCCCACCAGGAAGCCCUCUUCCCUCAAAAGGAACAGGCUGGACCCAGCUUUGGUUUCCACCGCCUACGUAGAGGCUACGGGGGUUUCUAGACGCUGGUGCCCCCCCCCACCCCCCCCCCGUCUCCUGCCAGCCACCACCUCUCCUAGCGCCCUGGCAAGACCUUCCCUUCCCUAUGGGCCUCUUCUCCUGGAGAACCCAGGGACCUCCAGGAUCCCACCCGGUGAAACUGGGGGCUCGCUCAGGAUGGAAAUGGUCAGACAUGAGGCUGGUUUGGGGGUUUUUUUUGGGUUUUUUUUUGUUUUGUUUUUGUUUUUUUUCGCAAGGAUGCAACCCCUAGCUGUACCUUGGAGGUUGUCCUGUGCAGGAAGGAUGAGGUGACCUCUGAAGGUCCCUUCCAACCCAAACCAUUCUGAUUCCAAGCCUCGGUGAUGGAAAUUUGUCUCCGGUGGAGAUGGAUGUGAGAUUGGACAGGCGGGGUCGUGGGGGGAGAGGGGUACGUGUGAUGUGCGUGUGUUAGUGCCAGCGUGGCGGGGGGGGGGGGGGGGUUAGGUCUUGCCAGGUUUGAUACGCCUCAGGAAUUUAUUUUUGGGUGUGAAUAUAAGCUGAAUGGCACGAGGUGAUUGUGGUGCUUGUUUAAUUAGCUUAAUUGGCUCUUUAUAGCCCAAAAUGUACCUUGGGAGCGGGGAGGGAGCGGGAAUUGCCUUGUUUGUGGCUCGGGAACCUCUGAAGCAAAUGGGGACCCAGAUGCCCGUGUCAGCCGGG